CUACACUUUAUUUCUUUACAUCUCUCUCGCUCAUUUUUCACAUCUUUGCUCACAACAUUACAUACAGUAUGAUAUAAAAUCUCACCAGUGACCUCACAUGAUGGCCUUUCUGCUGACACCAUCUUCACAUAAAUAUACGAUUUAAUAUUGCCAUGCAUUCCUCUUAACACUUUCACUUUAAGAUGCUAAAGACUCACUUUCCAAUUAGUGCAUUUAUUUCACCUCGACUGCUGAAGAUGAGGAACUAAAACCUCAACUUUUAUCCAUCUAUCAGUUCUUUACAAUUAGCAUUACAGCCUUACAGAGCUGUUUGUGUGGCCACAGACUCUUUAUUCUUGUUUUGGUGACGGCUGUCAUCCAGAUGCAGCUCAUUAACCUCUGUGACUUUGCCAAGUUGGAGCAGAAUGUCACACCUACACAAAACUGUACUCCAUCAUACCACAAUCACUCAACCAUGUUACAUUCCUCCGCUGAAAGGUUUUCACUGGAAAUGCACUGGAAGUGUCAUUUUUGUGACUGACAGCCUUCACAAAAAGCCUAAUUACAUUGUAAAAAUCAUCUAAAAUCUACUUAAGAUGUCAAAUUGUGACUUUUAUGGCUUAAAUCUGAGAGUCGCAGCUCAUUCGGUGUCACAUCUUAUAAUUUCUGCUUAUUCCUUCACACAGAAACAUCUCCACACCCUUUCUCUCACACUCAAAUGGUCCCAGUCAGGGGUGUGGCUGGAAAUUUUGUACCCGCUGACAACAGUUCAACAACAGUUCUCACACAUUAAAUAUCUGCAAUCCAUGACAUGGUCCUGUACAGCUGAAUCAUUCUCACACACACCCAGUGGUGCCCACGAGCUCUCAGUGGCCUAUAAAAGACUCAUAUAUAAUGACACUUUUAUCAGAGACAAGGGAGAAGUUCCUCGAUAAGAAUAACCUUUCUUGGAUUGUGCUCACUCAUACAGUCGGCAAGAUAGAGAAAAUCUACUUCCUCAGUCUGAAUGGAGAAAGGUCGAAGUAUUAUCUCUGAGGCUCCAGGAUCAGUGCCUCAGCAGAGCACUAGAGAGCAAAAAUUUACAGGCCAUUCGGAUCCUACGGGGAAGAUCCAGGUCAUUGGAGACAUUUUCCAGUUCACGGUUGAUGUGAGUGAAUUUCCUCCAGAAGAUGUUAUCAUCACAUCUUCCAACAACCUGAUAGAGGUGCAUGCUGAGAAGCUAGGAGAAGAUGGCAUCGUCACAAACACUUUUUCCCACCAAUGCAAACUUCCAGCAGAUGUGGACCCCGAAUCUGUCAAAAUGACCGUGGAGAGCUGUGGGGUCCUUACUGUCAGAGCUCACAGGAUGUAAUCUCAGCGUCCAGCCUGUGAAACGCUGGACUUUAGUGACAUCUAGCGGUAGAAGAAGGAAUCAACACUGCAACAUUCAAGA